AUGGGCGGAGAAGAAAAUGUUACUAUUUUUGAUGUAGCCGCUGAUUACACUAUUCAUUUUCCUCCAACUUUAGCCAAAAGUAAAGGUCAUGGAGAAUUAGAACUAGACAUGGUUAUUAAUCCAAUUCGUGGCGAGCAAGAUCCCGUUACUGAAAAAGAUAAUAAUGCUUUAUUCUACGGAACAGGGGGAACGGGGAAAACUUCGAUAGUAAGGAAAUUAGCAUACGAGGCUGAUAUUUAUCCUCUCAUUGAGAUAAAAGGUUCAAACUUAACUCCUCGCAAAGAAGACAAUGAAAUAGGAAUUGACCCCUUAAAUAAGUUUAUUUUCACCCUUUGUGAUAUAGAAAACGUGCUAGAAGAUGAUUAUGGAUUUUCAAGAGAUACUGCUAAUAGUGAAGUGCGUUAUAUUCUUUUCGUAGACGAAGCAGACAAUAUUAGCACACAUAACGCUAUCAUAGAAUAUACUAAACUAAUAUUUUUAAAGUCCUGUAUGGAAGGAAUUAGUAAAGAUGCCCAAAAUCCUCCUGUUUAUCGUCCUGGUCGUUUGAGCAAUCCUUUAGAUUUUAGUUGGACACUGGGGGAUUUUAAAAAAGAAGCCGAAAGAAAACCAAAAAAACCUACUACUGAAGAAAUUAUCCCAACCAUUACCGAAGCAAUAGAUGAACGUUUGAAAGAAUUGACCGAACAAUUGAAACAAACUAAAGAGGAAAUGUCAUUGCAAAGAAAUCAAUAUAUCGGAGAAUUCAACCAAAAUAUUACUGGAGAUAUUAUUGGAGUUGUCUUUGCGGUUCCUACUUUUGGAGCUAGUAUGGUUUUAAGUCCUACUGCUCGUGGACUGGUGGGAGAUGUGCUAGGCGGUGGAGAUGAUGACGGCGGUGAAGAAAUAGAAAGAUUAAGAAAGGAAAGGGAAAAAGAUGAAAAAGAAGUAAAGAAAAAUGAUGAGGAAAUCAGAAGACUAAAAACUAUCAUUGAUGAUCCUAAUAGAAGCGAUGAGGAAAAAGAAAGGGCUCAGGGAAUUACUAACCAAGAAGAACAAAAUAAAGAAGCAAAAAAAAUAUGGGAAAUAUGUGAUAAAGUUUACAGUUUAGUUUAUAAUGUUCCAGAAGGAGUUGACCCUACUGAGCAUUAUGGUUUUAAUCAUUUUAAAAAAGUAUACGAAAGACUCAAAUAUUUAAAAAACAAAAGCAGUCAAAAUCAAAAUAGUUCAAAUUCAAGUGAUUAUUCCUUAUCCAAUGAAAUAAAAGGUUUAAUAAGUAAAAAUUAUCAUAAUUUCAGUGCUGAUGAUCUUCAGCGACUAGCACAAAAAUUAUUAGAACUUUCUCGAGAAUACUCUGAAUCUUUAAAUUCUAACUUAAAACCUUAUUGUGAUUCUUUAAUAGAAACAUUACAAAAAUUAACUGAUAAUGCCUACGAAACUUGA